AUGAAAUUCAUCACUGUAACAACUGGGAAUACUGGGACGUCUCAUGAGGACUUUAAAGGGCGUCUCACUACAGGAAGAGGUUUAACUGACGUGAUUAAGGAGGAGAGUGAUGUCAUCCUGUUUUUCUGUUCCAUCGUCUCUCGUGCUGGGACUGAUAUUGAAGAAGCACUGCAGCAGAAUCCAGGCAAACAAUAUGAAUGUUUUCCCUAGAUUUAAGGAGCUGAUACUUACUUAAAGGUUAAUUAAAGGAUCUGAAACCAGCAGCAGGGAUUGAUCAGAUUUUACACUCCUUUCAAACCACGUGUACGGCACGCCUUACCCCAAAAAAUUAUACUCUGUCUGUACCUAAGUGAAAUACAAUUAUCUGAUUUCCUGAAUUAUUUCUUGUUCCUUGCUGUCCCUCUCUCUCUCGACAGAUGGUAAACCUGUCAUUCUGGUAGUGCUGCAUCACUCCUUCGAUCCAGAGUGUGUUGUAUCUGACAGUAGCAGACUAGUGACCAGAGGUGAUGUAAUACUCACAGUGAACUGUCUCUUCCAUGAGAGCCAGGGAGUACUACUGGAGUGUCCUCGCAAUGAAAAGCAGUCAAAAAGAUUCAGAAGACGUUUAACAUGCAACCAA